AUGAAGUUCUCCGCCGCCGCCGCCACGCUGGCCACCCUCAUCGGCGCCGCCUCUGCCGGAUCCAAGUCCAGCGAUAGAACCUUCGCCGUCCUCCGAUUCAACGGCGAACAGCUCGUCCGUACCCGUGUCGACCCCAUCGUGUCCCCGGGACAGCCUGCCACCCACGUCCACGGUGUCAUGGGAGGAAGCAACUUUGGUCUUUCCGCCACUGGUGACACCUUGGCUCAGUCCAAGUGCUCCAACGCCAUGAUUGCCGGUGACAACAGUGCCUACUGGUUCCCUUGGCUCUACUUCCAGGACCCCAAGACCAAGAAGUUCGAGCCUGUCGAGCUCUUCUAUGUCAAUGUCUACUACUUCUUCGAGGGCACCGAUGACGAGAUCAAGGCCUUCCCCAAGGGUCUUCAGAUUGUCAGUGGUAACGCCUCUACGCGAGUUGUUCCCUCUUCGGGUGGAAAGCAGAACCUCGAGCCUGCUGAUGGCCCGGUCCAGCCGGUCCAGUGGACUUGCCCCAGAUCCAACUACAACCCCGCCUCCUACCCCGCGAACUCUGAUGGGUCUACUGCCGGUAUCGUCGACCCCAACAACUCCGGUGCUGGUGUUGGUUUCCCCGACCAGAACUGCGAUGGUUACGGUUCUCCUCUCCGCGCCGAUGUCCACAUGCCCUCCUGCUACGACCCCAGCAAGGCUCUCGACGACUACGAGAACAGCAUGUCCUGGCCCACCAACAAGGACUCCACUGACAAGCGCCGCGCCAAUUGCCCUCCCGGCCACAUUCACGUUCCUCACAUGUUCUUCGAGGUUUACUGGAACACCCCCAAAUUUUCCGACCGCUGGACUCCUGGUCAGGGCACCCAGCCCUUUGUCCUCUCCAACGGUGAUGUUUCUGGCUACAGCUCUCACGGCGAUUUCAUUGCUGCUUGGGAUACCGAUGUUCUCCAGCAGAUCAUCGACAACUGCAACGCCGGUUCCAGUGGUAUGGAUAAGUGCCCUGGUCUGCUGAAGGGCCUGAACACCAACCAGGACUGCACCAUUCCCUCCCCCAUCGAUGAGAAGACCGAUGGUAUCCUCGACAACCUUCCCGGUAGCAACCCUCUCGGUGGCUGGUCUUUUGGCAACAUCAUCGGUGGAAGCGGCCUUGGUAACAUUCUCAAGCCCUCUUCUGGUGGCGCUUCUGCUUCCGCCAGCGGCUCUGCGAAGGCCACCCCCGUCAAGUCUGCCUCUGCCCAACCUGCGGCCACCAGUGGCGCGGUUCAGAAGGAAGACGUCGCUCCCGUUCAGCAAGCCCCCGAGCAGCCGGCUGCCAGCCAGGCUGUCCCAUCCAAGGCCGCCCAGCCGUCGAGCCCUGCUGCUGUUGUCACGAACCCUCUGGGCAACGACAACGGCAGCAACCCCAAGACUUCCUGCCUUCGCAAGACCAGGACUGUCUACCAGACCGUCACCGUCACCGGUACCCUGAGCGAAGCGACCCAAGCCACCCCUGCUGCUGCUCCCGCCAACAACGACAACUACAAGGCCCGCCGCCACGUCCACGAGCACGUGCGCCGUCACCGCAGCCACCAAGAUUGA